GCAAUGUUCAUUCACACCUACCGCAAUCCAUGCAAAUCGAUCGCCUCCGUGUGCUCAUUGGUGCAGCACUUCACUACUUGUGCCUACGACCUCAAAGAUAUAGGAAGAGACGUCCUAGACGACCCCCUUUUUCACGCGGGGAACGAAAUCCUAGAAUUCAGAAAGAACCACCCUGAUCAAGAACACAGAUUCGUCGAUAUAGACUACGAACAUCUUGUGAGAGCGCCCAUAGAUACAGUGAGACAGAUUUAUGACAAUUUUGGGCUCGAUCUCAGCGAGCAAGCUGAAGCGAAGAUGAAGGAGUAUAUAAAAGAAAAUCCCCAAAAUAAAUAUGGUCGUCACCAUUACGACUUGGAGCUGUACGGGUUGAAGGAGGAGGAAAUAUUUGAGAAAUUUCGAGAUUAUAUUGAAUAUUUUAACAUUCAGUGCUAACUUCAUAACAAAGUAAUAUAAACUACUGAAAUGUCUUAGUUAGAAACAUUUAGAAAAAAUGACGCUGAAUUUAAAAAACUUUAAGAUUGCACAUAGUAGUUCACAAUGGGGAGAUAAUACUUGGCAUUAGAUAUCAAGUCAUUAGAUCAAGUCAUGGAAUAAGGUGCCUAUACGGCCUAUCAUAGGCAUAACUGACCCAGUAUGUGCCCCUACCAGAUAUUUAAAGAUGUUUCGUAAAAAUUCUAGUAUUACCAGAAUUAUUGUCAAAGCUAUAAAUUCUUAAAAGGCAUAUAACGGUUGAAAAAUUUAUUAAAAGACCAAAUGUCGGUAAAAAAAAUCCCUCUGUGGUGUACUUUUAUUUAUCCUCUAGGCUUAAUUAGCAAAGAAAAGGUACAACAUGCUCUAGGUCGAACAACACGGCAUGGGCUGUGUUAGUUGGGACGAACAUUUACAAGAAGGGGGCCUACUCUCUGUGCAGAGUCGCCAGAUAUAAUCUCUUUUUUUUCAACCGAACAAUGUAGG